AUGGGAGGAGCCCAGCGCGACGGCGAGAGCGGCGGAGCUCGCUGCCGCGCGGUCGACUUGGAGUCCUCGAGUCUCUCUCUCUGCUCGUCUUCUUCUCCCUGCGCCGCGCCGCCUCUCGCGUCAUGUUCUUCUUCCGCGCAGGAGCCUCGGACUUCUGUCUUCGACAGGGCCGCGCUGCUCUCUGCCGUGGAGGGCAAGGAAGUUCACGCGCACAAAAUCUGGCGCUACGUGAUUCAGAAAGGCGCGGACUUCGGCGAAAUCCCGGACUUGCCUAAGCGCGUGUACGCGACGCUGGAGGCGCGGUUCGCCACCUCGACUUCGCGGCUUCUCGAGGCCAAGACCAGCCGCGACGCCUCUACCACGAAGCUGCUCCUCGAGCUCGCAGACGGCAGCCGCAUCGAGACUUGCAUCAUGCGCUACGGCGCCGUGGAGUACGCGCUCUUCCCCGAGGUCGAGAAGAAGAAGCGCGAGGCCUCGAGGAAAGGCAAAACUGGUCCCACGCUCAACCACGGCGCCGACGACGCAGCCACGGAGGCGGAGGCACACGCGCCCGAAAGGCCCGAAGGCGCGCGCAACGGCGACCGCGAAGACGACAGCCACAGGCGGCCGUUCAAGAGCAACCGACGGGCGACCGUCUGCAUCUCUGCACAGGUUGGAUGCCAGAUGGGCUGCACCUUCUGCGCGACUGGGACGAUGGGGAAGAAGCGGAACUUGACUGAGGCGGAGAUCCUGGAGCAGCUCUUCCACGCCUCCAGAGUUGAAAAAAUUCGCAACGUGGUGUUCAUGGGCAUGGGCGAGCCCCUUGACAACUACAACAGCGUCGUCUCCGCAGUUCGCUUCAUGACUCAGCCGAACAAAUUCGCCAUCGGGGGGCACCACGUGUGCAUCAGCACCGUCGGCCUUCCACAGAGGAUUCGGCAGCUCGCCGUCGACCUGCCGGCGACGCGUCUCGCUCUCUCGCUGCAUGCGCCAGACCAGCCGACUCGCCUCAAACUCAUGCCUCGAGCCGCUGCUGGAUGGAAACUCGAGAGCGUCCUCGCAGCGACCGAUGAGUUUGUGAAGCAGCAGAAACUCGUCAACAGCACAGCGAUGAAAAACAUCGGCCUGCUGGUCGAGUACAUCAUGAUUCAAGACUUGAACGACACGCCUGAGCAAGCGCAUGCGCUCGGCCGCAUUCUGCAGCCCCGCGCGGAUGCCAUCAUUGUCAAUCUUAUUCCGUAUAACCCCACAGAAGUCCCCUACGACUACAGGCCGUCUGCUGCAGAACGCGUCGAUGCAUUUUUGAAGAUUCUGCGGCAGGAGUACUCUAUCAAGGCUCUCGUGCGGCAGACUCUCGGCCAAGACAUCGACAGCGCCUGCGGCCAGCUGGUGGUGCGCACAGCGCCGGACGACGCCCGCGAGAAAAAGGCCAGGGCCCGGAGCGGGUCGCAGUCGAGCGUGGGUAGCGAAGCAGAUGCACACGAGGCGUCGAAGCGUGUCCUGCGCACGUCUGGUGGCUUCCCCGAGGGAAAGGCGUGGCGCCAGUGGCUCUGGGCGUGGUGGCACGCGGUCAAAGAGCGCGUUUCUCCGUCUGGGUGCUUUCAGUGUGGAGCGGGGAUCUCUGGUGACCGCGCGGGGGUGGGCGCGCCGGAUGGCACAGAAGACGCGGCGGAGGCUGAUGGGGACGAACAAAAAGAAGCGAGGGAGAGGAGAGAGGAACUUGUUGCGGCCUCCAUUGCUCUAGUGGCGGGUGUCGUCGCCGCAGGCGCAGUGGCGUGGUCUCUGAGGCGCACUCGCGUGUGA